UCUUUUAUUUUGAAAUGUGGGUUUCCUGUGACGCUCCACCCUCCGUAUCCGGUCAGACCCCGGUGAUCAGCUGCGACCAUGCCGACAGUCAGCGUGAAGAGAGAUCUGCUCUUUGAAGCUCUGGGACAGAAAUACACUGAUGAAGAAUUUGAUGAACUAUGUUUCGAGUUUGGCCUCGAGUUGGACGAAAUCACAUCAGAGAAGGAAAUCUUAAGCCGUGAACAGGGAGAUGAGAAGGCAGAAGGAGCAUCUGAUGUAGUGCUGUAUAAGAUCGACGUGCCAGCUAACCGCUAUGAUCUCCUGUGUCUGGAGGGUCUCGUCAGGGGCCUGCAGGUCUUCAAGGAGAAACUGGACGCUCCCCGGUACAAGCGCGUGAGUCCGGCGGACGGAGGAGAGCCUCAGCGGCUGGUCAUCACCGAGGAGACGGCGUCUGUGAGGCCACACGCCGUGGCAGCUGUCCUGCGCAACAUCACCUUCACUCAGGAGCGAUACGAGAGCUUCAUAGAGCUGCAGGAGAAGCUGCACCAGAACAUCUGCAGGAAGAGGACCCUGGUUGCCAUAGGAACUCACGAUUUGGACACCGUUUCUGGUCCGUUCACCUACACGGCCAAAGCUCCCGGAGACAUCCGCUUCAAACCGCUCAAUCAGAGCAAAGAGUACACCGCCGCUGAGCUCAUGAGUCUCUAUAAGGCCGACAGUCAUCUGAGACACUACCUGCACAUCAUCGAGAACGAGCCUCUCUACCCCAUCAUAUACGACAGUAAUGGAAUCGUCCUGUCUAUGCCUCCAAUCAUCAACGGGGACCACAGCAAAAUCACAUUAAACACAAAGAACAUUUUUAUAGAGUGCACAGCCACAGACCUCACAAAGGCGAAGAUCACGCUGGAUAUGGUAGUGACCAUGUUUAGUGAAUACUGCGACGAAGCCUUCACGGUUGAGGAGGCAGAGGUUAUUUAUCCUGACGGCAGAUUGUGUGUGUAUCCUGAGCUGGCGUACAGGACGGAGACACUGUCUGGGGACUUCAUCAACAAAAGAGUUGGCGUCAACGAAUCGCCAGAAAGCAUCGCUCAGCUGCUGACCCGGAUGUGUCUGAGGUCAGAGGUCAGCGGUGAGGGCGAUCUGAUCCGGGUGGAGAUCCCGCCCACGCGCGCCGAUGUCAUCCACGCCUGUGACAUCAUGGAGGACGCCGCCAUCGCGUACGGCUUCAACAACAUCGUCAGGAGCACGCCACGAACGUACACCGUAGCCAAUCAGCUCCCUCUGAAUAAGUUGUCCGAGUUACUGAGGCACGAUCUUGCAGCCGCUGGCUUUACCGAAGCGCUGACAUUCGCUCUGUGCUCAGAAGAAGAUAUCGCAGAUAAACUCAGGAAAAACAUCACGGAAACCAGAGCGGUCCACAUCUGCAACCCGAAGACCGCAGAGUUUCAGGUGGCACGUACCUCUCUGCUUCCUGGACUCCUGAAGACGCUCGCUGCCAACAGAAAGAUGCCGCUUCCUCUCAAACUGUUUGAGAUUUCAGACGUCGUACUGAAGGAUGAAACGAAAGACGUGGGAGCCCGUAACAACAGACGCCUCUGUGCUGUUUACUACAACAAGAGCCCGGGAUUUGAGGUCAUCCAUGGACUUCUGGACCGGGUCAUGCAGCUGCUGGAUGUCAAACCGGGCCGUAACCAAGGAUACCACAUCCAGGCGGCGGAGGACUCCACCUUCUUCCCUGGCCGCUGUGCUGAGAUCUUUUCAUGUGGCAGAAGCAUCGGACACCUCGGGGUCCUUCACCCUGAUGUCAUCAGUCGUUUUGAGCUGACCAUGCCCUGCUCCGCCAUCGAUAUCGACAUCGAACCCUUUCUGUGAUGUCACAAUCCAAAUGACCUCAGCCACACCCCUCUGCUUUGGGCUCCGCCCUCCGAAGCCGCAGCCGCACGUUACAGUCCCGUCUAUCUUUAGGAAGAUAAGUUCUAGUCACAACAGCGCGUGUUACUGUGUGUUCAUGGCAUAAAUCCGCUGCUAGUAUGUUAUUCAUAUGCUAAACAUCAUGGCUGUAUGUUCGUGUCCAGCACAUUUUACCACAUGAAAACAAAUAAAUAUGGAUUAAUAAACUAAAAA